AUGUCCCGGGAACCUUUUGAUCCUUUGGUCACGGACGAUUACCCUGGAGAGUACGCACCAACUAACGACUCAAGUCACCCCGUCGGUAUCCCGUCAGAUUCGGCCGACUUUAAGCAAUUCACCAACAGUCGGGCCUCAGUUGCCGAGCGCUUUGUACCGGCUCCCUAUGACACAUGCUGCCAAUGUCACCGUCAUGAAGUCGCUCCUUCUCAGGCUCAAGAAGGAUCAAGACAUCGCACCUUCUACGAAAAUGGACACAGUCUGCAAGCAACAUCAUUGGAUACCAUGUCUCCCUCCGUCUUGCCAGCUUCUGAUUACUUCCUCAACGCCAGUUUUAUUCCACGAGACUGGUCGUCUUCGUCUCACACUCUCGGAGAAACCAGUGGCAUGCUCAGUGGUACGGCUUCCUUGCCGCCGCCCUGCCAACCAGGAAUUGAAAACGGGUUGUUUGAUCACAACGGUGAGAAUACCAUGAGGAGUUCGGCGGUGAACAGAUUUCUGUCUACAGUAGAUGACGCACAUUGUUCCAAUGCUCUUCUCUCGGCUGAUCUCGACAUUCAUCCCAUAGGAACGGUUCCUUUGUUCGCGACCUCAUCACCUCCGACAAGACAAAGUAAUAUUGCCGAACCCUACCUACACACCUUUGAGGGAGACGAUGGCACCGUACAGGACCCCUUCAGAUAUCCAGACUGCGAAAAUGUUGUUCUCCCAACACUUGGAUUGGGGGUUGAUGCACUUGAUGGACAUGAUCAUUUGCAAUAUGAUGUUCAAACUUCCUCGUUUGGCAAGAUGGCAACUCCAGAAGUCUUUCUGGAAAAUACUGACACAACCCUGGUUUCGGCUGCAGCUGUUAAUCAUCUAGUCAGGAACUCAAGAAACCAGCAAUCAGUAUCACUCUCAGUCCCAAGUUUCCAUCCUUCGUCGCUUUAUGCGGAAUGCUCCUUUCAACGACCGUCUAGCGAAGAUGUGGAGCUGCAGAACCCUUCAAAAUUCCAGCAACUUGAGGCUGUCCCUAUGUUGGAAUACCCGCCGCUACCAGAGUUGGACGACUACGCGUACCAGGAGCUUGAACAAGCAGAUUCCACUAAUCAUGGGCCACAUGACGACUUACACCACCAAUGGUAUAUGGAAGAGCAAGAUCACAUUGCCGGGCUGCCCGAGGUUCCACCUUCUAUUCUUCAUAACAACCAUACGUUGAGAGCAGCCCCGAGAUCUGAGUUCCAUACCUCAACGACAAGCAGGCAGGUCGGAUCGAGAAGUGGACAACGCGAUACCUCUAAGGACGACCUUCUGGUUCAUCUCAAGUCCCAAGGCAUGUCAUACAAACAAAUCAAAGAGAUCGGUGGCUUCAGUGAGGCUGAGUCGACAUUACGUGGUCGAUACAGAGCCCUUACAAAACCAAAAGAAGCUCGCCUCCGAAGACCGGAAUGGGGAGAUCGAGAGAUUGAAUUGCUGUUCGAAGGCGUGGCGUACUGCUCGAACACGGACCCACUUGCCUCUUCAUCUCUGCAUAAUCUUGACGCAAUCUCCAUAGGACAGUUUGUGAACAAAGUCCCUUGGAAACAAGUUGCAGAAUACAUGGAAGGAAAGGGAACAUACAGAUAUGGGAACGCAACCGUCAAGAAGAAGUAUCUGGAGAUUUUGAAACUACGGGGGACUGAAACAUAA